CGGACUCUAGCGGCGGACAGCAAUGGUACCAAAGGACUUCCUGGUGUUUAUUACAGUCUACUCAGUGGUCGUUUCUCGUUCAGAACUCUUAGGUCACCCAUCAACAUGCCAUUUUCAAAUAAUUCAUUGUUCCUGCAAAGAAAUGUACGGUGUAGAUUUGGUCGUGACUGUGGAAAAGUGUGUUUACGAUUUGAAAGAAGGAGAUGCAAAAUCUGUUUGCAGCAGCGAGACGGUCAUGGAGAAAUGUAGGAAAGGUGGUGAGCUUUCAAAAUUUUUGUUUGUUGAAGGUGGGCUUUAUUUUCCUCUAAUUUGCCGUUUAUACGGAAACCGAGGAGGCCAUAGAACGUGUCCGUAAUAACGGGUUGUCCGUACGAAGCAUAUGGACAGCUAGCUCUUUGGUCAGCAGGGCUACCAAAAAGCUCAGGGAUCAAUUUUUGGUCACACUCAUUUUAAUUAAUGAUUUCAUGAAGGAUCUGUCUGAUGCCAUAGAUGCAGUGCUUUCAACUCUCCCGGAUGGAUCCUGGAGACUCCACAUUUUGAACAGUUUCUCUCGGUCUCCAGAUUAGAGUCUGAAAUCUCCCGGAUAAUCGCCCAAGUUUACCAUUUCUUGUAGAUUCGACUUUCCGACAAUGAAAUUUUGCGUUGUUUGAGCUAUUUUGCUGUGAAUGUCAAACUUUUCCUCGCAAACUUCGGUGUAUCCCAUUGUAAUGUAAGCAAUAAAGUGAUUGGUGGGAAGUAAACCAAUCAGGUCAGGUUUCGCGCGUUUUUUUUUUUUGUACAAAUGACGUCAUGUGCAGUGCAUUAUGACGUCAUCUAUCAUCCCUUCCCUAUCAGUUCUUAAUAUUUGAAGACGUGGGGGGUUGACAGCCCUGUAGAUGAUUGUACCUCAUUUAUAUAUGAUAUACCUGGAUUUUUGAAAACCGGGUUAGCAAAAAUAUCAACUCAUUCUACUACUUGGCAAUUUAAAACAACAAAACUCAUUCAAAGGCCGGUUAAAAGCCUUUAUAUGACGCCGGGCAGUCCGUUAAUGGUCCCAAACACAGGAAAAAAUAACGGAUUCCCAUUUUUGGAUAUUUUAGGGUAUUUAAAAAUACCCAAAAAAAUCCCAAAUUUGGAAGAGUGAGACAAGUCCCAAUCAGGGAACUUGGUUGGGAAUUCCCUACUUGGGACUUGUCUCACUUUGCCAAAUUUGGGAUUUUUAUGGGUAUUCUUUAAAUACCCUAAAAUAUCCAAAAAUGGGAAUCCGUUAUUUUUUCCUGUGAAAAAGCAUUCCAACGAGUCCAAAUUUAAAAUGACGCAAAUUUUAGAACAUUUAUUCAGUAAGCUGACUUCGCGAAGUUCCAAACCGGUGUCAUCUCAGUCUAGAAAUUUUUAACUUAAGUGAGCUGCAGCGAAAAAGUGCCUGCAUGGUUAAGGCUUACAUAACGACUUAACUCGUUUAACAUUUUUCCCGGUCCGAUAAACAACAGGAUUCCGCAUGGAAUAGACAACAAACUGAAUGAAACAUAGUGCACAAAUUAUCACCCUCUUAUCUGCAAAAACCGGCCCAUGGUGCAAUGCCAUUAGAGCCCGCUGAAACUAAAGCUAUCCAUGGUGUGGUAUGGAUAUUUUCUGGAAUUGCCCAAUAAAUCAUGCUUUCACUGUACCACCCCUCAGUUAUUGUCCAGAGUUGUUGCACAUAUCAUUGUAGUCGAAAAAGUUCAAACAAAAUGGAAAAAAAACAAUGAACGAGCCCUUUGCUUUGCGACCCAAUCAACCACAUCUUUAAAGAAAUGAACCAGCAGUGAUAUCUCCACUUAAUCAAACAAUUGUUAAAAAUGGUCAUGACGGGUGUAUAGUGGUGUGAUGAAAAGGUGUCCAGGGAAUAACUUGCUAGAUAGGUAUAAAAUACAUUUUCACUCUCACAACCUUUAGUAAUGAAAAUGAAUAUAGGCUUGUACUAUACUUAAUUAUUAUUAUAAGAACAGGUACCUAUUUUGGAUUAUGUCACUUAUUCCUUAAUUAAUCGAUUGAUUUUUUCCCAUAUCUUCCUUUUCAGAUACUUUCUCUUUACAAAGGCAGAGACGUGCAGGCUUUUUAAACCUCUGUUGUAAGAAUGGAACAAUACUACCAACUGUUUGGCUGCCUACCAAAACAGGCCCUCCCAAAAUUACAAAGACCAGUGGUAGUUCACAAAUUGUUGUGAGAGAUGACAGCUAUGUUAAAUUCCAGUGCAAGGUGGUUUCUAAUCUUGCAGCUAAUGUAACUUGGCUACUAAAUGGUUUACCAUUGACUAGACAGAUGGACUUUAGGUAUUCAUAUUUGGAAUGCAGAACCGUUUUACUAAUUGAAAAUGUGUUAAGCACAGAUGCUGGGAACUAUACCUGCCUUGUUCAAAAUGAGAAGGGACAAGCAAUGGCAUCCUCUUAUUUGACUGUGAGAAGUAAGUAAAAUUCAAGCAUCAAUGGAAAAUUAUCAUUUGAAAUAUUUUGUUGUUAUUUUAUUUCUAAUUCUGUGUGCACUGAAGCUUACCAAUUAAGAGUGUAUGUGUAGCAAUACCUUCAUGUAUAAAAAAGCAAACUAGUAUCAGUACACAACAAUAAAAUGACCAAAUAUUUUGUUUUGAUUUUCAUAGCAAAAGAUAAACGCCCAAUGUACAUAAUGGACUUUGGACUAGAGGGAAAGACAGGAAUGCAGGGUGUAGCAGUUACUGGGACUUCUGUAAAUUUAACCUGCAGAACUCAAAACACUGCUGUUAACAAUUACUUUUUAAAGGACGGUUCUCCUAAGAUAGAGGAUGGAAUACGUGUCACAUGGUAUCAAAUGGGAGAUUUUCAACACAACAUCAAGGUUGCCAAACUUGAGAUAAAAAAUGUCACAUUAGCAGACUCUGGAAAUUACACUUGCGUGUCAGUCCUCCAUGGUAUAACAAAACGUAAAACAUUUCCUCUUAGAAUCGGUAUGUAUUCCUUUCAGGGAUCUUUACAAUUUUAUACCUCUUGA